CAUAUGAUGAGAACAUUGAAUAAUAACUGUGUCAUGUUGGCCAGGACUUUGGGAUGCAAGAAAAGUCUGGAAGUUCAAGCAACAAGUAUAAAAGAGUUCUUGGGACUAUAAGCCCCACACCACACCAGAAGCUGCAAUAGACUGACAUCUCCUGCAAAGAAGUUCCAAGACAUCAUGUUGAGCCUUCAGCUGGCAAGGAAUGGCUCCCCAAGCCCUCUUGUCCCUUUCCUGAGGCCUCUGUGGCCCCUGUCCAGAGACAUCUUCACCAGCCUGGAACAAGAUAUGAUUCGCACUGUAGGAGAGAUUCGAAGCAGUAUGAAGCUCAUGGACCAGUUUCAUCAUCAGCUGCUGCAGGAAAUGACACUUCAAGAGAACAAGACUCUACCUGUACUGAGCAGCACCGAAACAAAGGCCAUCAAGGAUGACUUCCUCCUAAACUUGGAUAUUCAAGACUUCUCCCCCCAAGAGCUGACAGUCAAAAUGCUUGGAAAUAAACUGCUCGUGAGUGGGGCCAAGGAAUCCAAGAUGGAUGAUGGGAAAGGAUCAUUUUCCUACAAGUGCCAGAUCUUCAGGAAAGAGGCAGAUCUCCCUCAGGAUGUGAAAGCUGAAGAGAUCACCUGUAUAGUAACCACCGAUGGGCACCUGCAGAUACAAGCUUCACAUGUGCCUGUGCCAAUGGUUCAGGAAAGGACUGUGCCCAUACAGCUUCCACCAGCACAUUCUCAAUCAAAGGUCCAGAGUCCUGUGUGCUCCAAGGAAUCAAGAUCCUAAUAUGAACAGUCUGAUAUAUACGUAUUAUCACAUCUAAGAUUUUUAUAUUCAGUCAUAGAGAUUUUGUCUUUUAUAAAGGUGUACAAAUUCCUGUUACUAGAUGAUAUUCAAAACAAAUAAAUUAGUCCUUAUAAUAUA